AUGAGGCCGCAUAAAUGCCAGAUGUGUGGCGCAUCGUUCUCCAAGCCUAGCGACUUGGUCAGACAUAUUCGUGUGCACACAGGAGAGAGACCAUAUGUGUGCAACACAUGUCAGAGAAGUUUUCGUGUUGCGAGUGCGUUGUAUGCCCAUGAACGGACUCAUUCGAGACUGCAGGCCGAGCAUCCGUGUACCGUAUGCGGCUCGGAGUUUUUCUCCAAAAGUGCGCUGGCUGUACAUCUGAGAAUUCAUAGUGGCGAGAAGCCCUUGAAGUGUCGACGCUGUGACGAAACAUUCCGUACAAGUGCGAGUCGAAGACAGCAUGAAAUUACAUGGCAUGGAGCACCUGGUAGCCAUAUUUGCAAGAGCUCUCCUUGUGGGUACUGUAGCGCAUCGAAACGGAGGCGAGCUCGAGAUCUGAAGCGUGCCGAGCAAGGAGCAUUGCCCACGACAGGUACUGGAGUAACGGCCCCUUUGACUGGACCUCCUGCUAGUAAAACUCUCUUGCCUGUGAAACAGAUUCCAGCAGUCCCGAUGAAACAAUUCAUUGAAACAGCAGCACAAUUCACCACCCUUCCAGCCGAACCGAUUAAAAUAUCCGCUGGAUCCGCGUUUGGGCCCUUGGCGAAAGACGCAGCUGUGCCGCAAUCGGAGGUGGAGUUCUUCAUCACUGCGAGACGUAUAUCUCAUAAUGAAUACACGGUGACGUUUUCUAAAUCGAAGCCGAAAUCCAUAAGAUCUAAGGUGAGUGACUACUCUGUAAGCCUUACGGCGAGUCUUCUGUUGGAUUCUGCAUCGAAGAACUCUUCAAUUUUGCUGACACUCAGUGACUCUCGAAUACUCAGUAUCUCUUGCGCUGGUGCAGUCAAGGCGUUGCAAAGUUGUGAUUCCGUGGUAAUGAGAGCUCGUCCGGCUGACCCCUCUUGCCCAAGUGUGGUAGAGCUCCUCGAGCCGUCACAGGCAGUGGAGUUUGUGAGGAGAUGUGAUGUCUGUGAGGUGGAUUUGCACACCAAAGAAGCUAGUGAUGCACACUUUUUGUCUGAAGAUCACGAAACGGCUCAGCUGACACUUCCUCUACCAACCGCAGUGCACGACGCCAUCGAUCACUCGAUGAUGCCUACGGCUGCUGUUCCAAUACAAAGGAAGGACGAGCGAACAGAUUUCACAUGCAAGCUGUGUGGAAGGAAGUUUUUGGACAUGGAGCCGUUGGUGGCUCACAUUCGAUUAGAGCACGAACGUGAUCAUCCUCCGGGAAUCACUCGUCCAGCAGCCAGAACGGCUCCAAUACAUUGA